GGACAUUCCACAACUUACAAUCGUCAACCUGUGAAGGGUUGCGGGCGUACUGGUGUAAGUCCUGCAAUUCUUCAAAGGAAUUCCAUCAAGACAUGAUCGGCGAGGUUGUUUGUACUGUUUGUAUAUAUGUGUGGUGUGUUCUAUCAAUUGGUGUUUUUUGGAUUCAUUGUGUUUACUUGUUGUUUUCGUAUCUUGUUGUUAUUGCGUAAUUUUGUUAAAAUUUUCGUCGUGAUUACUUCUGAAGUUGUUUCCAGUCUUCUACGUCCAUGAAUGAAUUGAUUGAUGUUGGAGACAGCAGAUGGGUCGUAUACGCCGGGGAGGCUAGGCUAUUGCUGAGAAUGAAAUGCGCACGGAGAUAAUUGUUAGCUGCGAUCUGACACGCCGGGGAGAAAGAGUGUACACGACUGAGGCUCGCAUGCGUCACUGCUACUAGAACUGAGGCAGAAUGAGUGACAAGCGAUUGCAGUGGUAAUUGGUAGUGGGUAAUUAAGAGGAUGUGCGUAGAGUAUCGUGAGGUCCUGCCAUGGUCACUUUGCAUUCUGCAAGAGUCAUUCUAGCAAAUGGCGAUUGUGUUGCAAGAUGUCAAGACGAGGUCUCUGUCUGGACGCGCAGGUCGUCAUUGAUGUGUGAGAUUGUGCUGUGGGUAUGCUUGUGGUGUGUUGGCUUUUCUGUUUGUUUUCCAUUUCAGCUCUGUCCGUGUGACCCAGGUUCUCGCAAUGGCAUCCAAGUCAACGUGCAUUGGUCGUGAAGGAAAAAAGGGUUGGAUCCCUUUUUUGCCGGGGAGUGUCAAUGGAGUUGAAGAUUGAACGAUCAAUUCUUGGUUGUUUGCUUAAAAUCAACUUCCCCAAUUUUCGCGGAAGCAUCAAUACGACAGUCAUCGUCUCAUCGGUCGCUGUUCAGAAAGAAGAAAGAAACAUCGUCAGAAGUAACAAUGAUUUAUUAUUGUAAUAUUAGUUUUCAGACCUUAGUUUGCUUAGUUCGCUUAUUCCUUUUAUAUGUUGGUGUAACAAUAAACAAAUAUCAAACGGCAGAUCGGUGUUUUGGUUUUUGCGUCCGUUAUAACUAAGCGUUUCUGAGAAAUCUUCUAAGAACAGCGUGGGCCCGAGCGUAGCGAGAGCUGGGCAUUAACGGUUUAUGAGACUUGACUGACAGUUUCUGACGAUGGAAACAGAUCUGGCGGAUUGAAACAGUUGGUGAAAGUUUGGAUAGUCGCCGUUCAUUUUUCCUGGUGCCGGUCAAGUCCUCUUUGAACAAGCAAUAUCUGGAACGUUUUUGGAAUUUGGUCAAGUUCAACAAUGCCUGGGUCAAAGAAGGGACAGAGUGUCUUGGAUGCAAACAGGAAAGUAAGUCAUGGUGACUUGUCUGUUAAUUGUAACGAUGUGUCUGAUGUUAAACAUGAUAUGGUUGAUGUUACUGUUUCGCCGUUCAGGGAUAAUAGGAACAUCAAACUCCCUAAAUUAGAACCACGAUGUUUUGAUGGAAACCCGGCUGAUUAUUUACAAUUUGUAAAGGAGUUUGAGAUCAUGUUGAGUGGUUUUUUAUUAAAUGAUGAAUUGAAAUUGAUGUAUUUGAUGAGAUAUUGCACUGGAGAUGCUUCAAGAGCUAUACAGUGUUGUAAGUUUAUGAAGCCAAAGGAGGGCUACGAUGAGGCUAUGAGCAUAUUACGCCAAAGGUUUGGAAGACCCUCGAUGAUUGCAGGGAAAUUAUUCGAGGCUGCUGAGGGUAAUGGUGGUCAGUUACAGGAUGACUCCCAGGCACUCACUGAGUUUUUAGAUAAUUUGCUAAUUUACAAGAAUGGAAUGAUUUCGAUGAAUCGAAUGAGUGACCUCAACUCGAGUUUUAUCCUAGAAGUAAUAGCAAGACGUCUACCUACUCGACUGCAAAGGAAGUGGGUGAAGAUAAGCUCCCGUAUGGAGGAUGAGGGUAUCGAGCCAAAGUUUGAUGAUAUCCUGAAACUGGUAAAUACUAGUGUUAAUCAAUCUAUGAGCAAGUUUUCCAGUCUGUUAGAUCUCACCCCUAGAAUAGAGCAGUCUGAGGGUAAAACGCACUCAUUGAUGACGAGUAGGCCUCAGAGAGGUGGAUAUCGAGAAGACUCCAUGAUGUCUAGUAAUGCAUAUAGACCUAGUGAGUGUAACAGGUUUCGUAGUACAUCCUCAACAGAUAAGUUACAAGAUGCAAGACAAACACGGCUUUGUUCUACACGUGUGCAAGAGGUGCAUACAGAAGUGAACUGUGAACCAGUGAGCAAGUUCAGUGAUAAGCUAAAUGUAAACUCCAGGCCUUACUCCGAAUUGUGUGACGAUAACGUUGUUGUGAAGAAGUCUGUAGUUGCAACUGGUAAGCCGUUGCUAAAUAGAGUGUCACAGAAUAGAGUUACUGCUUCAGAGUGGAGUUCUGACUCCAAAAGUUUACAAAGUAUAACUAGUCAGAGUGAAGAUGUAAAACCUUUAAUAAUUUUUGAGGAGGAACCAAAAUUGUCUACUUCUGUUAUUAAAGAGUUUGAAAAUGAUGAAGUUGACGGUAAAUUGGAUAUUUGUGAUAAUGAUCAUGAUAGUGCAGAUUUGUCUUUGGUUGAUCAUGAUGAAAUGGAGGGAAUGCCUACUACUGCUAAGUUAAAUAAAGGUUCUGUACAACUUGAACGUGAAGUAGAAAUAAAUGCAGAUUCAGUUGCAGAAGGCAUGCAUACUUGUAAGACCGUCAGUGGGAGUGAUCAGCAUGUAGCCCACCUAUCAUCAGAUGCUAGUGCUAAACCUGAGCUGAUAGUAAAAGACAGCAGUGGUGGUGGUCUUGCAGGUAGACAAAUUUCUGAAAAGCGAGCAACAACAGCUUUUGAUCCACUGCUAAGUUCAUCAACUGAUAUCAAUCAGUCGUCGUUGGUGCUGUCAUCCACAAUGAAACAGACACCCAUGAACUCAAGUAUCUUGUGCAAUGACUAUGGUAGUAUCAGUUCGUUUGAAAGGACGAAUAUCAAUGGUCAGUUUAGUGUGGAUAAGCCAAGUGUAAAGGAGAGAGUUAUUGUUAAAUUGACUUGCACGAAUAAAGGCAUUUCUAGUUUCAAGUUACUAUUUGAAUGUUAUUAUCUUUGGUGUAAAUUACUCUGUUUCUAUACUUGGUUGAUGAGAUAUGUCGUGUGUUUGUUGGUCAUCUAUAUUCUACGAUACAAUGACAUGGGCGUGUUGCCGUUCAGAUUUGAGGAUAUAGCUGAUAGAAGGAAGUUAGUAAAUGAACUCUGCGACGAUUUUCCAACUUAGAGCGUCAACCUGAGAAGGGUUGUAGGCGUACUGCUGUAAGUCCUACAAUUCUUCAAAGGGGAGCGCAUCAAUGAGCAGUCCAAUGUGCUUGGUGUGUGAUUUUGUACAUAUGUUCAUAUUGUAUAUACUGAAUUGAUAUCAUCUUUUAUCUAUCUGUUGGUAAUUCUGUUUGUGUCCGGACGACUUCCACUUGUAUCAUCAACCUGAGAAGGAAUGUAGGCGUACUGCUGUAAGUCCUACAGUUCUUCAAGGGUAGUUUGUCGUGUCAGAAUCCACAACAUUUGAUGUAGUCAUUGUACAUAUGUUUGUGUUAAAUAGUUUGUGAGUUCCAAUUAUUGUAAUUGUUGGUUAAUCUUGUUUGUGUCCGGACAUUCCACAACUUACAAUCGUCAACCUGUGAAGGGUUGCGGGCGUACUGGUGUAAGUCCUGCAAUUCUUCAAAGGAAUUCCAUCAAGACAUGAUCGGCGAGGUUGUUUGUACUGUUUGUAUAUAUGUGUGGUGUGUUCUAUCAAUUGGUGUUUUUUGGAUUCAUUGUGUUUACUUGUUGUUUUCGUAUCUUGUUGUUAUUGCGUAAUUUUGUUAAAAUUUUCGUCGUGAUUACUUCUGAAGUUGUUUCCAGUCUUCUACGUCCAUGAAUGAAUUGAUUGAUGUUGGAGACAGCAGAUGGGUCGUAUACGCCGGGGAGGCUAGGCUAUUGCUGAGAAUGAAAUGCGCACGGAGAUAAUUGUUAGCUGCGAUCUGACACGCCGGGGAGAAAGAGUGUACACGACUGAGGCUCGCAUGCGUCACUGCUACUAGAACUGAGGCAGAAUGAGUGACAAGCGAUUGCAGUGGUAAUUGGUAGUGGGUAAUUAAGAGGAUGUGCGUAGAGUAUCGUGAGGUCCUGCCAUGGUCACUUUGCAUUCUGCAAGAGUCAUUCUAGCAAAUGGCGAUUGUGUUGCAAGAUGUCAAGACGAGGUCUCUGUCUGGACGCGCAGUUCGUCAUUGAUGUGUGAGAUUGUGCUGUGGGUAUGCUUGUGGUGUGUUGGCUUUUCUGUUUGUUUUCCAUUUCAGCUCUGUCCGUGUGACCCAGGUUCUCGCAAUCGCAUCCAAGUCAACGUGCAUUGGUCGUGAAGGAAAAAAGGGUUGGAUCCCUUUUUUGCCGGGGAGUGUCAAUGGAGUUGAAGAUUGAACGAUCAAUUCUUGGUUGUUUGCUUAAAAUCAACUUCCCCAAUUUUCGCGGAAGCAUCAAUACGACAGUCAUCGUCUCAUCGGUCGCUGUUCAGAAAGAAGAAAGAAACAUCGUCAGAAGUAACAAUGAUUUAUUGUAAUAUUAGUUUUCAGACCUUAGUUUGCUUAGUUCGCUUAUUCCUUUUAUAUGUUGGUGUAACAAUAAACAAAUAUCAAACGG